AAACUCGUGGCGGAGGGGCUGAGUUUUGUUUGAAUCCAGCGAACAUAACUAAAACAGAUUGUCAACCAUGGGUGGUCUCAGGAAGAAAAAGCAUCCAAAGUCACGCACAGCCGCUUUCAAGGCCAGCGAGCCGAGCGAAAUCGCCGAAGCACCACACACAUUCGUCAUACAUCGCGGCCUCUCCUGUCCGUACAUAACAGACCUGACCAUCGACUUCCGUCGCGUCAUGGAGCCGUUCACGGCGAUAAGUCUGCGGGAGAAGAAGAUGAAUCGCAUCAAGGACUUUGUGAGCUUGAGCAGCUUCUUCCAUGUCUCCCACAUGGGCAUCUUCAACAAAGCAUCCACACAGCUUUCCUUCAAAGUUUUGCGCCUGCCGCGUGGUCCGUCGCUGACAUUCAAAGUCCAUCAGUUUACGCUUGCACGUGACGUCAUUUCGCUGAGCAAACAUCAAUUCAUCGACGAUGAUCACUUCAAGCAUGCGCCGCUGGUUGUGAUGAACAAUUUUACGGGGGAAGGCAAGCACUUGAAGCUAAUGGCCACCACGUUCCAGAACAUGUUCCCAUCCAUCAAUCUGGCGCAGGUUAACAUUGGCACGAUACGCCGUUGCGUGAUGUUUUCGUACAAUCCGGACACAAAGCUUGUCGAGAUGCGACACUAUUCGGUGCAGGCCGUGCCCGUUGGAUUGAAGCGUUCCGUACAAAAAAUCAUUAAGGGCCGUGUGCCCAACUUGAAUCAGUGCGAGGAACUGGCCGAGUUUGUGACCAGAGAUGGUUAUGCCUCGGAAUCCGAGGCCGAAGACGAUGAGCAAUCGCAUGUAUUGCUGGCACAGACGCUCAAGGGUCGCGGCAAUUUGGAGGGCAGCAAGAGCUCCGUGAAAUUGCACGAGAUCGGGCCACGCCUCACCAUGCAGCUAAUAAAGAUCGAGGAGGGCCUGCUGACGGGUGAGGUGCUCUAUCACGAUCACAUCACGAAGACAGAGGAGGAAAAGGAGGAGCUGCGCAAACUAAUUGAGAAGAAACGCAAACUGAAGGAGCAACGCAAAAAGGAACAGACAGAGAAUCGUGCACGAAAUCUUAAACAAAAAACCAAAAUGGCCAAACGUGAAGCCAACGAUAAUGCCAGUGAAGAUGAGGACGACGCCGCCUACUACGAAGAGGAGGUGGGCGAGAAGCCCGACGAGGAACUCUUCAAAAACGAAAAGAAAUCGUCGUCACGCAAGCGCCCGAAAUUGCCAGGCGCCAUGAAAUAUAAUAAAAACAAUAAGAAGCCCAAGAAAGAGACAAAAGCUAAAUAAAACUUAGAGUAAACCUUUUUUUCCCCCC